AUGGCGUUCGCUGCAGCAUGGAGCGGUGAGCGUGUUGUAGAGGCAAUGCUGAAAAGGGGCGGCGCUGGCAACACCACAGAAGAAGUCAUGAUCGAAGCUGCAAAGACAGGCGGAACAAUCUUCCAUUUGAUGCUACGACAUGGAGGAAAGGUCACAGACACUGUGUUGGAUGUGGCAGCGUCCUACUGUGACGCACAGCUAUGGCAAGUGCUACUCGAACAAGGCUAUGAAUCCAGCAUCAACAUGAAGAGGCUGAAACUAGCGGCACUUAAUUAUGUCCAUGGCAACGCCGUGCUGAGUUUAUUUCUGGAUCAUGUUGACGAUACUACCAUUGCUAAUGAGAUGCCUGGAUUGAUUCACCAACUAGCAAGAGAGAUUUGGGAGUAUAAGCGUAUGAGGCAGCUGCUAGAUCGCGCGAAAGAUGUAAGGGUCUCUCAGGACAUGCUCUUGGCUGCGACUUCCAACCCAUCCUCCGCCUGGCUAGGCAUAGUAAAAAUGUUCCUGGAGCGAUCGAGUGAAGUGCAAAUCACCGAGGACAUGCUCUUGGCUGCGACUUCCAACCCAUCCGCCGACCGGCUAGGCAUAGUAAAAAUGUUCCUGGAGCGAUCGAGUGAAGUGCAGAUCACCGAGGACAUGCUCUUGGUUGCAGCUGGCGAUGAACAUAGCGGAAUGGAAUUGAUCCAAAUGUUUCUAGAGCGAAGAGGUGAAGCCGAUAUCAGCGAGCCUGUUCUCAUGGCUGCAGCCCGCAACUGCAAGCAAGGAUCUCAAGUUAUGCAAUUGUUAUUAGAGCAAGAUAGAGCGGCCGAUUUGACUGAGGAUGUUCUUAUCUGCGCGGCGCAAUAUUCCAACGUUGACCUUGUACUGGAAAUAUUGGAACGAUCGGAGAUCAAGCGAAUCCCGGGGGGUCUCCUCAAAACGGCUGCUGCGAAUGGGUCCUGUGGUGAUGAGCUUGUGAGGUUGCUGCUGGCGAGAGCCGAGAUUACUGAGUUUCCAGAAAACGUUCUGGUCGAGGCAGUAGGAAAUGACGGCAAGGGGACCGAAGUGAUUCAGGUGUUAGAAGAAACUUUUGGUCGGAUCAGUAUGACAGAGAGUCUUUUGGCAAAGUGCGUCCACAGAGCAGUGCUCGGCACGGUCAAGCUCUUGCUCGACAGGACCGAUCCUGUGCAGAUUACGAAAGAGGUUUUGAUUAGUGCAUUGAGUAACUCUGACGAUGUUCAAAGAAAUGUUCUACGUGCUGUGGCGGAGAAGUCUUUGCAUGUUCCUGUUACGGCUGACGUACUCCGAUUGGCUGCGGAACGCGGGCCGGUGACCCUUUUCCGAUUCUUCUGGAAUCGAUAUCCCAGGUCUCCAGUUCAAGAAGACCUGAUUAAUGCAGCAGCCAGAAGUAAUGAUUAUACCACAUUCAAAUCCCUGCUGGACGACGUGGACAGUGUCGAGAUUGGGGAAGAAACCAUGAGAGCUAUUGUAGCCAAUGUGCACAAUGCGGGUAUUCUCUUCGACCUGCUACUCCAGCAAGGCCUCCAAGCAGAUACGACAGAAGGCGUGCCAGAGAUACUUUUAAUGAACGGAGGUAUCAAAGUCAAAUGCUCAUCUCCGACGCCAUUACGGCUUAGCAGCGGUUUGAAAGUCACUGAAGACUUGUUUAGGAUUGCCGCGAGUCUUGGAGAUGUGAAAUUUCUUCAAAAACUCUCGGAAUUCUGUGGAUUAAAAAGCACUCCAGAGAAAUGGCUUGAUAUUGCAAGGCUUCGCAAUGCAGUUUUAGGGGAUGAUAUCGACCUACUAAAAGCCCUGAUAGGGCGUGGAGUGGAGCCCGAUGUCGCCGCCCCCAAUGGCGAGACUCUUUUGGUGGUGGCAGUCCGUUAUUGCAACGAGCUGGCGGUUCAAAUACUGCUUGCUGCCGGUGCAUUGCCCGAUGGCGGACCGAUGCUGAAACACUCCCCACUGUGUGAGGCCGCUGAAUACGGUGAGUAUGACAAAGUAAAGAUAUUGGUCAAUGCUGGAGCUUCUCUCAAUUUCAGGGAUCACAAGGGAAGAACACCACCGAUGAUAGCAAAGCAAAACAGACGCUUCAGAGUCUUCAAGUAUCUGGAGCAAUGCAGGGCAGAACAAGAAAAAGGAGGACGAGAGACCCCAGAAACAACAUGA